CACAAGAGUGGGUCAGUAACAGUCUGUUGUUGGUGCUUUGCGGACGUCACUCCGUCGACAGGGGAAAGUUAUUACGCUUUGAAACUUUUUAAUUUGUUUACAUCGAGCAAAGUAAAAAAUGAAGCUUAAGACCGACCUAUUAGUCCAACCUUCGGGUGAAAUAUCAAAGAAGAUUCGAGAAGAAUUAAAGGAAGACGUGAACACCCGCUAUAAGGAUUUGGCGGCGAUCAAAGAAUGGCUCAGGAAGCAACCGCAUUUACCUGAUGAAUGGGAGGAUAUGCCGCUACUGACAUUCCUGCGCGGCAGCAGUUUUUCGUUGGAGAAAUGCAAACGCAAGCUGGACAUGUACUUCACAAUGCGCGCCGCAUGUCCCGAGUUCUUUUCCAACCGAGAUGCCACCAGUCCUGAGCUUAGAGAGAUCUUGAAGGGAAAACUACAAGGACCACCUCUCCCUGGUGUCACUCCGAAUGGAAGACGGGUCACAAUAUGUCGAGGUGUCCACCCUAGUCUGGACGGUCAACAAAUCACGGACACUCUGAAGCUAGCACUGAUGGUAGGCGACGUGCGGCUAAUGGAGGAAGUGCAAGGCGUGGCUGGAGACAUCUACGUGCUGGACGCGGCGGUGCUCGGCCCCAGUCUACUCGCGCGACUCUCACCCACUACUGUCAAGAAGUUCAUGAUUUGCGUACAGGAAGCUUAUCCAGUUAAAUUGAAAGAAGUGCACAUUAUUAAUACGUCACCUAUCGUUGAAAGAUUUCUUACCUUUGUAAAGCCAUUCCUCAAGGAAAAGAUCAGGAAGAGGAUCUUCAUUCACAAAGAGCUGAAGGAUUUGUACAAAUACGUUCCCCAGGAAAUGUUGCCUGAAGAAUAUGGCGGUCAAUGCGGAACUAUGGAAGAACUUCAAGUUCAAUGGACUCAGAAACUAAUAGACUACCGUGAUUGGUUCAAAGCCCAAGACUCGAUAAAGGCUAAUGAGUCUCUCAGACCGGGCAAGCCGACUAACUAUGAUGAGCUCUUUGGUAUAGAUGGAUCUUUCAGGCAACUGUCUAUUGAUUAGCUUUUAUUAGGCUUGUAGUAAUGCAAUUUUCUAUAUAAAUAUA